AUGGGGGACCAUGAAUACAUAGAGCUCCAACAGCUCCACGAGACUGAGACGAGAAAUACUUCUGAACUGAAGUGGUCCCUAACAAAAUCACAGUUACUUCUAAUACUUUUGCGUCUUGGUGUUAUUAGUGAUGAAGUUUAUCAGAGUGGGAACUAUGCAAUACAUUCGUUACCAAAAGGAGUUGAGUACAUAAUUGGUGUCAUUGACCACAUGCAUGUUUCUGAAGCAGUAGAGAUUUUACGGAAUGCUUUGGUUGAACACAAAAAUGAUGUCAACUUUCUACAAGAAGAUUACCAUUUAUUGGAAAGGCUCGUACAUUCGAUUCCACUGGAUGAUAGAGAGGAUAAGGCAAACGUCGCCAUCGAGGAUGACGCUUCUACACGCAAGUUUCACAAGAACAAGACAUAUUUGCAUAUAAUUGAUUGGUCCUUGCAAAGUCGGCUAGAGGCUUCGUUGAUUCACUACCAUUCACCCUAUCCGGAAAUUAGGGCAAUUUCAGAUCCAGUGGAUGACAAAGAAAUUUUUGUUGAUACUUUCCGAUGUUACUUUAUUGGAUUCUUUUGGACAUUCAUAGGAUCGAUAAUCAAUAGCUUUUUUGUGCACAGAAUGCCCAAUAUAUCAUUGAGCUCACACACAAUACAAAUAUUGCUUCUACCGUGUGGGAAGCUUUGGGAAAAAUUUGUCCCCAAUAAACGAAUAUCAUUUGGUACGGUUUCUUUUGAUCUUAACCCUGGUGUUUGGACAUACAAGGAAAUGAUGUUGAGCUCCAUUAUAUAUCUGUGCUCAGCGGGCGUUCCAUACCUGAUAUACAACAUAUUCGUCAUGAAGCUCGACAGAUUUUACGGCUUAAAGUGGGUGACACUUACUUUUCAAGUACUCUUGACCAUUUCCACUCAAUUUUUAGGCUUUGGGUUUGCCAUGAUUAUGAAAAAGGUUUGUGUUUAUCCAAGCAGAGCUCUAUGGCCAACAAUUUUACCAACAAUUGCACUUAACCGGGCUUUGAUGAAUGAAGAUGCUAAUAACAGCGUAUAUGGUUGGAAAAUUUCAAGAUACAUGUUUUUCAUUGUCGUUGGCUCUUUCAGUUUUAUAUACAAUUGGAUACCAAGCUAUUUAUUCAAGGCAUUGUCAAACUUUAACUGGCCAACAUGGCUUGAUUCGUCGCUGAUACAUUUAGUAAACAUUACCGGAACAUCCGCUGGUUUGGGAUUAAAUAUAUGGCCAACUUUCGACUGGAAUAUUUUGGAUGCUGGUGGCUGUUUGACGAUUCCAUUUUACACUUAUGUCAACAGGUACAUAGGGAGCUUGAUUGGUUUCGUUGUCAUUUUGAUUGUAUACUACACCAACAAUUACUUCACCGCCUAUUUUCCUAUCAAUUCCAACAAACUUUACAAUAACAAGGCGCAGAUCUACGACGUUCAUCUGAUAUUGAAUGAAAAGAACCAAUUCAGCGAUGAAAAGUAUCAGGAGGUCGGACCACCAUAUUUUUCAGCUGCCAACUUGGUUCUUUACGGCGCUAAUUUCUGUCUUUACCCGUUUGCAAUAUUGUAUCAGUUAGUUACUGAAUGGGAUUCAAUGAAGGCAAGUUUUGUCAGCGUAUGGGUCUCAAUUAGUGAUGCAUUCAGAUCCAAGCACAGUGAAAGCUCUUAUGGAAGAUAUGCUGAUGACCCACAUUGCAAAAUGAUGUCGCAGUAUGAAGAUGUACCGGAUUGGUGGUUUAUCGCGAUUCUUGUUGUCAGCACACUGUUUGCCAUUGCAGCUGUUGUAUUUUAUCCAACAGAGACACCUGUGUGGGGGAUCUUUUUUACCAUAUUGAUUAAUUUCAUUUUUUUGAUUCCCUUGACCUCGAUUGCUUCAACCACGGGGUUUUCAUUUGGUCUUAACGUGUUGGUCGAGUUAAUAGUUGGGUACGCUAUACCAAAUUCAGGAAUUGCAUUGAUCACUUUGAAAGCAUUUGGAUACAACAUUGACAGUCAAGCGAGUAACUACAUCACGGAUCAGAAGCUUGCACAUUAUGCAAAGAUUCCACCAAAGGCGAUAUUUAAAGGCCAGUUGAUAUCUACAUUGAUCAAUAUCGUUGUUUCUUUAACAGUUGCCAACUGGCAGUUAGGAAAUAUUAGUGAUAUUUGUGAUAGGCAUCAGAAGGACAAAUUGAGUUGCCCAGGGGCAAACACCUAUUUUUACUCGAGUGUACAGUAUGGUGAAAUAGGGCCACAGAAAGUCUUUUCCGGAUUAUACCCGGUUUUAAAGUGGUGCUUCUUACUAGGAGUGCUACUAGUAUUCCCAUGCGUUUGGUUCAAAAACAAUGGCCCAAUCAGACUUGCAAGGUACUUUCAACCGAGUGUUUUGAUAGGUGGUUUCUUGGAUUUCGCUCCGUACAAUCUACUGUAUUUUACAGGAGGAUUGUAUAUUUCGUACAUUUUCAUGUAUCGAAUCAAAAGAGACUAUUUAUUAUGGUGGGAAAAGUACAAUUAUAUAUUAACUAGUGCCUUAUCGGCUGGUGUUGCUUUCAGCUCCUUACUUAUAUUUUUCACGGUGCAAUACAACUCACAUGAAAUUUCAUGGUGGGGCAACACCAUUAGCGAGCAAGGGAUAGAAGGUGGGAAAUUGCCAGCCGUUUGGAAGGAUGCAUCGGCAGCACCUGGAGGCUAUGUCGGCUUGAGAAAAGGGCAUUUUCCGUAG